GGGUAUUAGGUCCACCUAUCUCUACCUACCUAUGUAGGUCACAGGUGCAGUCCCAUGGAUCCUUUGCGUAGUAUUGACCCCUCCCUCCAGUGAAGAAGGUCUGGGUCCGAGUAGUUUAUGUUCUGUUGCUUGUUACAGUCCCGUGAAAUCGUGUGCCGGGUCGUCGUCAGGUCGGGUCUUCCCGAGGUGUUGUCGAUGUGUUGAGAAAUGUUGAGAACCUGGUGAGAUCCCAAGACACCUGAGAGGGUCACUAGUUUGCUUACCAAGUUCCCUUCUGUGGAUUCGUUUUGCAUUCUAUGGUUUGCCACUGAAAGAUUCAUGGUUUGAGGAAGGAGUUCGACCCAGAAUUCAUCACACUCAGUUGCCUGAGGCUAACCCCACUCAAACAGACCCUGCCUCCAUGAUCCUGUGAAGCUGAAGCGCAGAGUUGAAGCAGAUACCUUAAUCCUGGGCUCCUUGGAGGCUCCAAGGGAUCCUUCCUUGUGUUCCCAUUUGUUCAUGAGAUUUUUGCUCGUCAUGCUCUUCUGGCUUGCCUGCAUUGCUGUUGCGUGGAAUGUUGCGUGUGCCUCCUGUUCACCCUUUCGUGUGCCAACCUCGCGUAAGAUCGAGAGAUUGGAAAGGAAUUGCAAUCGUUUGACGGAGCUGACAGGGCGAAUCAGGUUUAAGCCGCUGAACAACUUCACAGUUGGUGAUAAGUCAUAUACACUUCCACUUGAAACGCUUCCUCCUCCAUCACAUCUUCCAUCUCAACAAGAGCUUGAAUACCUAGCUGGGUUCUUUGAUGGAGAUGGGUGCGUGACCAUGACAAAGAGAACCGGACAAAUGUCAAUGAGUAUUGGCCAAGCUCUGGACUCCGUAAGAGUGCUCAUCCGCUUCCGCGACAGUCUUGGUGGUGGCGUUCAUCACCAGAGUUGCCGAACAGGAACACGCAAAGCAGCACUGCAAUGGCGAGUUUAUGGCGCAACCAUGCAACACGCGGCACAGGUGCUGUGCAAAGUUCCUUCCAUGAAGCGGGCUCAACUCCAGGUAGCAGCAGCUGGGAUCAUUGGAAAGGCAGAUAGAAGUGACGUGGCACAGAAGCUAAAGCUGUUGAAGCAGAAGGACCACGUGCCUGCAAGCUUCCAUUGCUCGUGGCCCUACUUUGCUGGUUUCUUUGAUGCGGAGGGCUCAAUCACAGUUGAGGGACGGUCCCUUGGGCUUUAUCUAAAAGUGCGGCAAAUGAAUUCAUUUGUUUUGCAGGAAUUGCACUCCUUCCUGCACACUGGUGAGUUGACCAAGUGGAAACUUCGAUUAGGGAGCGACGGUUGCAAUACCCUCCAGUGCACAGACCUUGCAACUUGCAAGCUGACGCUGCAGCACCUCCUGGAUGGUGGCCUUGAGGUCAAACAAAGACAGGCGACUCUAGCUCUUUCGCUCACGCUUGGCAAUCACAAACAAGUUCGAAACAAAGUUAUUGCAUUGAAUGGCCUCCAAAAAAGAUAUGAUGUCCUUGAUGAUGCAGGCAUCGACCGUGCCAAACAAAUUCAAUCGCUCUCCCACAAAUGCCGCAGAGCCUCCUCCAAACAAGAGAGUGAGUUGCUGCAGGUGAAGCUUGAAGCUCUUCGAGAAGAGCACGAGCUGCAAACAUUGAUCGUUAAGUCCAAGCGCCUACGUGGCAGCAUCCGGCAGUUACUUCAAGAAGGAGGCUUCAUGAAGCCAGUAAGCAAGAUGAGGAAUAAAUGAACAAGAAAGGUCGAUGCCAAGAUUCAACAACUCUGCUCAGAUUCUGUUUCGUUUUUUUUGUGUAGCAGAAAAGUGCUGCAUCGCUGAUAUUGCUGAAAA